UUAACCUUCAAGAUUUCGCCCCGCGAGGCCGCCAUGAUGGACCCCCAGCAGCGCCACCUCCUGGAGGUGUCGUACGAGACGUUUGAAGACGCAGGUAUCGUACCCGAGAAGGUGUCGGAGUCAUGUGGUGUGUUUGUCGGCAUCGGCAUGUCCGAUUAUGCCAUGGGUCUGUCACCCGACAGGCAUCUAUUCAACUCCUAUGCCAACACAGGUCUUGAGCAUAGCCUGGCUGCAAACAGAAUCUCGUAUGUAUUUAACCUGAAGGGACCUAGCUUGACUGUAGACACUGCUUGCGCGUCGUCCAUGACGGCAUUGCACCUGGCCUGUUCUUCGUUGUGUAAGAGCGAAUGUAACAUAGCUUUGGUGGGUGGCUGUAACAUCUUGUUGUCACCAGAAAUAACGGUGGGCUUUAGCGCAAUGGGAGUGUUGUCACCAGACGGAAGAAGCUGUCCAUUCGACGCUUCGGCCAAUGGCUAUGUUCGUAGCGAAGGGUUUGGCGCCAUUCUAGUCAAGCCAUUGGAAGAUGCUAUAAGAGAUGGAGACCAUGUGUAUAGUGUGAUAAAGGGGAGUGGCAUAGCGGACAACGGCUUCAGUCAAAGUAUAACCAUGCCUUCAUCCAGUGCGCAGGAGAUACUGAUGAAGAACACGUUCGCCCGCUUCGGUGUUCCCUUGUCAAGUAUUUCGUACAUCGAAGCUCACGGCACCAGCACACCUGUUGGAGACCCCGCAGAAGCUCUGGCAAUCGGGAACACCUUUGGACCACAUCUUCUGUCACCACUGAAGAUUGGGUCGAGUAAGAGCAACUUUGGCCACAUGGAGUGCGCUUCUGGCAUAGUGGGCGUCAUCAAGACAGCUCUAAUGAUGGACAGACGUAUUCUGUGUCCAUCAAUCAACUUCACGUCACCAAAUCCUGAGGUCGAUUUUGAAGCGUUGAAUUUGAGAGUGCAAACACAAUUGGAGCCAUUUCUCACGAGUGAGAAGAAGAUGACCGCUGGAGUCAACAGCUUUGGAUUUGGAGGAGCCCUUGCCCACGUCAUUAUGGAAGAGCACCGAGCUGUUCCGACUAAACGACAUCCCUCCCGCCGGAGAAGUGGAUGGCAGUUCGGCCCGAAUGAUGAGAAAGGAAAGUACGUCAUUCUACCACUCAGUGCUAAGACACAGGAGUCACUAACAGAUCUUGCUAAGAAGUGGCUCGAGUUUCAAGACGAAAAGGACGCAGCCUGUGUCGCCUCUUGGGCCUCCACACGACGAACCCAUCACCAGACUAGACUUGCUGUCAUUGCCAACUCCGGGGCGCAUAUGAGAGAGUCUCUACAAUGUUACGCCAACAAGACGGCCACCCUCGACAUCAUCAGCGGGGAAGUGAAGACGCCCUACCCAAAGGUGUGCUUCGUCUUCCCAGGUCAGGGACAGCAAUGGAACGACAUGGGUAGAGUGCUGUACCAGAUGGAGCCGGUCUUUCGGGAUGCUGUCGAUACCUGCGACAGCAUCUUCGAAAGCAUCAGCGGAUGGUCUCUCCUAAAGAAAUAUGGAUUAUUUGUCGAAACUGGUGGCGCCGGCGUACAUGUACGGCUAACGCUUGACAAGUUUAGGGUCUCUCAACCGGCCAUAUUGUUCAUGCAGGUCGGCCUCUAUGUCUUAUUAAAGCACUGGGGUGUCCAACCGGAUGUCGUACUUGGUCACAGCCUUGGCGAGAUUGCUGCAGCUCACGCAUGUGGUGGUUUGACUCUGAAGGAGGCUGUACGUGCCAUCUACGUUAGAAGCAUGGAACAAGAAAAGCUGGAAGGAACAGGAAGGAUGGCGGCCGUACGCUCGUCGCUGGUGGAGGCAGGACAGCUUGUCGCUCGAGUCCCUGGCGUCCACGUAGCUUGCGACAACUCUCCAACUUCUGUAACAAUAGCAGGGUCAACGGAAGCUGUUCAGGCGCUGCAAGAAGAUAACCCCACUAAGAUGAAAGUACUGCGUGUUUCCUGUGCUUUUCACACAGAGCACAUGGAUCCUCUUAGGGAUUCCUUUUUCGGAGCAAUGUCCUCAUUCCAGCCAGAAAGAGAUGGAAACGUUCAUGUGCCAUUCUACUCCACGGUGACAGGACAACGUUACACGGGACAGUUUGACGCCUCCUAUUGGUGGAAUAACAUCAGGGAAAACGUUAAGUUUACGUCUGCAACCAGGUCAGUUAUCAGAGAUCACAAUCCAGAUAUCUACAUCGAACUUGGCGCCUCAGCUACACUCUUGUCCGCUGUUGCUCAGACUUUGAAGCACGACAACCACCCUGUGAAAGUCACAGUGCCAUGUGGACAGCGAGAGAACAACGAUCGGAGAUGUCUUUUACGGGCCGUGGGUACGUUAUACGCUCACGGGGUGGACAUCAACUGGUCAAACGUAACUCCAGGUGCAGCCGCAUGGACACCCAUCCCGACAUACGUCUGGCAACACCAGCGGCACUGGCAGGAGGCAGAAUCCUCCCGCAAGAGGAGACUUGGUCUUGAGGACCGAACCUUCAAGGGUCAGAACGGUAACAUCAGCCUUGAUAUGUUCCCCUUCCUUGCAGAUCAUGUAGUCAAUGGUAAAGUUGUGUUUCCUGGUGCCGCGUACGUUGAGUAUAUUGCCCAGUCCACAUUUGGUGCUUUGGAAAAUCCUUGCAUGGAGAAUGUGAGCUUUAAGCAUGUCCUGGUCUGGCCGGAGGUUGGUGAUGUCGGCAAGGACAAAGCGACAUUGCAGCUUGUAGUUAAAAGGGACGGGAAGAAAGUGGAGAUCCUCACAGACAAAGUUCAUGCCGAGAGUUACGUCGCCAAGGAGGAAAGAUGUUCACCCUUGAGUGUAUCUGACAUCGAAAUGUCGAAGAUAUUGGAGACGGUCUCGAGCACAACAUUCUACCAACGACUGGAUGACCUAGGUCUACAGUAUGGUCCCUCGUUCCAAGCUGUGGAUAAGGCCGUCAUAGGUGACUGGGAAGCUGUAGGGUACCUAAGGCCAGCAAACGACACGCAGCAGAGGACACAGACGACACUGUUAGACGGUUGCUUUCAGGUUGCCAUUGCCGCCAUUGGCCCCAGCUCUACUCUUUACCUUCCAACGGGUAUCGUAAACUUCAAUAUGUACGUCCCUUCCCUGCCCUUAGGGGAACCCCUUGUCGCUCAUGCUAGGAUCAUCGACUGUGACAGCUCGUUUUUCAAAGCUGAUAUCACCAUGACCACCACCCAGGGGAGGGUGUUAACCCGUAUCGUCGGUUUCGAAGCUCGUGGCGUCCAGAGCACCAGUACCGAUGUAGAGCCAGAAAGCUGCUUGUACAAAACCAAAUGGCAGCCUAUCAACUCAUAUUUACCUAAGACAGAUAUUUUCUACAACAUCUUCGACGCUAACCAUCUUCGGAAACAGUUUAGGGAUGAAAUGGAAGUAAUAGAGGCUGUAGAAAAGAUAAUCCCCAGACUGAAGUGUGUUACGGUGUCCUACAUUCGUCGUGCUCUUACCACCGUUCCGCAACACGAGAUCAGCCCGAAGAAUGCAAGGUACGUGGAAAGACUCAAACAGAUCAUCACUGAAGAGUCAAGCGUCGAAAGUCUGUCAAUAGAUGGGGUACGUGCACUAUUAGAUGAGAUGAGCAGCAACGUACCAGCCUUUGAGUUUGAUCUGAAAACACUACAGCGCAUUGGAGACCUUCUGCCUAUGGCUCUACGUGACCCGUCCGCGGUUGCACCAGUUCUUUUUGCUGAAGGAGUCCUAGCUGAGUACUUCAUGCACUCCCAGAGUAUCAAAAUCUACUACCAAGCAUGUGCGGAAGCAGUCGGGAAAGCCGUUGAAACUGCACUGACACGGAAGCAGAUUGUCCGGAUUCUCGAAAUAGGGGGUAGGUCUGGUGGACUCGCGCAGAUACUUUUGAAUAACGUCAAGAAUCAUGCAGAUUCAGGUUCCAUUGAGUAUGUAUUCACAGGACUAAGCACGACCUUCUUUGCCCAAGCCAGUCAAGCUCUUCAGGACUUCCCGUUUGUGAAAUACAAAGAGCUUAAUAUUGAGAAGCCAGUGCAAUCGCAAAACUUCGUCCCUGGAACGUUCGACAUUGUUAUCUGCACGGACACCCUUCACACGUCCGUUGAUGUCAUGGCCGGGCUCAAAAACGUGCAAAGUCUCCUCUCUCCUGGUGGAUGGCUUGUCAUGCUGGAGCCAACCAACGCUUUCUACAUGGUGGAAGUAAUUUUUGGGUCUCUGGAGCUGUGUUGGGCAUAUGAUGACGAGUAUAGAAGAGAGUCGUGCUGGCUCUCCCAGAAAGAGUGGUGCGACCUCUUCGUGAAGGGAGGAAUGUGCGAUGUGGUGGGGGUGUCGUCUCCUGGAGAAUUCUUCCAUUCCGCAAUAGUUGGGAGGAAAGGAGAACCAGUGGCGACCACCACAACCCUGACGCAGCAACCAAACGCCGAAGACAAGUGGAUCCUCGUUGGUGAACAAGGCAGCCCCAUUGGCAACACACUUCAGGCAAUCCUUCCCGAAGACACGCUGAUGUGUCACAUUGGUGACAGGAUAGACAUACCGACACAGGGUCCACGGCUCAAGGUUGUCUACGUCUGGCCAGAGAACGAUACAAACCUGAGACACGCCUUAGCUUUGACAAAGUCCUUAAGCGCUGCAUCAGAAAGGGUCCAUUGCAUUUGGGUGUUUACGGUAGGAGGAAGCGUAGACUGUCCGAGGCCUGCGCCAUCUGUUGUGACAGGCUUUUUCCGAGUGGUCAACAACGAGCUGAAGAAUCUACCAAUCUACACAGUAGAUUUGCCUCCAACAGCUUGUGCAUCCGGGUUUGGGGAGUUAGCUGGUACCCUGGCGACUCUGUUGUCUGAGCCACCAGCUGAGAGAGAGCUAGCAGUCAGAAAUGGUGGUGUUCUAGUCCCAAGGCUUAUCCGGACUUCCUUGUCAAAGAGCUCGAGUAUCCACCCAACAGCCCUGUGCCAUCGAUGGGUCCUUGAUGUCUCUCUAGAUAAGACCAGAACAGUGGAGGACGUUGAGUUUUACGAACUCCCUCCUGCAGCUCUCUCGAGUCAUCACGUUCGGGUCCAAGUCCGCGCGGCAGGCCUGAAUUUCAAAGACGUGAUGAUGGCACUCGGACUUCUGAGCGGUCUCAAUCUACAACCCCAGUUUGGUCUGGAGUGUUCUGGAACGGUAGUGGAGGUUAGCAGCUCUGUGGAGCAUGUCAAAGUAGGGGAUGAAGUCAUUGCCUUUGGGGAUAACUGUUUCGCCUCCCAUGUUGACUGCCACGAGCGCUUUGUCGUUAAGAAGCCGUCAAAUGUCACAUGGGCUGAAGCUGCUGGCUUUAGCAUGGUGUUCAUGACUGCCUACUAUGCUUUGGUUGAAAGGGCCGGUCUCGUUCGUGACCAAUCUGUAUUGAUACACUCUGCAUGUGGAGGGGUGGGACAGGCCGCCAUCCAGAUAGCGCGUUUAGUAGGAGCCCGUAUAUUCUGCACGGCUGGAUCUGAGGAAAAACGAAACUUUCUCCGGCACGAGUUGGGAAUAGCACACGUCUCAGACUCAAGAUCUACACGAUUCUACCAAGACGUCUUACAGUGGACAGGUGGAGAAGGAGUAGACGUUUGCCUAAGCUCCUUGUAUGGUGACCUACAAACGACAACCCUGAAGGUGUUGAGCCCAGGCGGCAUUCUUUGUGAAAUCGGCAAGCGGUCAAUGCUGGAGAACGCCAAAAUGGACACCGGACCUUUACUGGAAAACAAGAACUUCUUCUCGGUCCAACUGGAUCUUCUGAUGAAUAGAAAUCCCACACGGGUCCAAACGUUGAUGACGACAGUCUGCAAUCUUCUGAAAGAUGGUGAGAUCCAUCCAGUGAAGACAACGAUCAAGCACAUCGGCGACUAUAAAGGCACGUUGAGGUGGAUGUCAAUGGGUCAACAUGUCGGAAAGGUGGUCUUCGAGGUGCCGCCAAAGUUCCAACCGGAGAGAUUGAAUCCGCCCCGGCAGAGUUUUGAUGCGCACGGGCUUUACCUCAUCACUGGCGGAUUCGGCGGCGUCGGACAGGCCCUAGCUCGUUGGAUGGUAGACCACGGUGCCAGGCACAUCGCUCUUCUCUCAAGGAAUGGAUGCAAGACCGCUGAGAACAGACGAACCGUUGCCUUCAUGGAAAGUAGAGGAGCUGAAGUCCACGCACUUACCGUAGACGUGACAAACAAGACGUCACUUGAAACGACGCUGAACCAUCUGCGAGAGAACCCCUUGAUUCCAGCGCUAAAAGGCAUCUUUCAUUUGGCUGCUGUCAUUGAUGAUUCAAAUGUCCUUGACGUUACCGAAAGUCAGUUGGAAAGAGUUUUAGCAGCAAAGGCAAAGGGCGCACUCAACCUACACGAACUGACACAGAGGGACCAACUGGAUAUCUUCUUCUUGCUGUCAUCUGUGGCAGCGACGUGGGGCAAUACAGAACAGUGCGGGUACGUUGCUGCCAACAGCUUUCUUGACGCCCUUGCAGAGCAUCGACAUAGACAAGGUCUUCCAGCCCUCUCUGUGCAGUUGGAUGCUGUCCGAGGAGUCGGCUUCCUGGAGGGGAAGAAGAAAGCUACCGAGAUCGUCAAAAGGAAGGGUUUCCUGACACUGCACAUCAACAACGUUCUGCGGAUGAUGCCACGUCUCUUACAGGCACGAGACAUCGCUGUCAUCACUCUUGCAAAUACGGACUGGUGCAGGACGAUGCAAUUCUCAUACCCAAGUACCAUGAAGUAUCGACACCUUGUACACGAACAGAAGAACUCAGGGAAGGAUGCUGACAGUGUCCGGAGUACGGAUGACCUGAAUGGACAGCUGCUGGACCAUCUCGGUCAGAUCCUCGGUAUGCCCCCAGACCAGAUUGACCUCGACCAACCAAUGGUCAACUACGGUGUGGACUCCCUCAUGGCCAUCGACAUAGUCAACUGGGCGAACAAAACCUUUAACCUCAGUGUGUCGCAACUGGAUAUCUUAAGUGGGAUGACCGCAAAAACAUUGGUUGGAAAAAUCACCAUGUGA